AUGGCACCGGCCUGGGCUGCCCGGACAGCGGAUCCGGAUCCCCAGCGGCUAGCGGCUGCCGGCGACGAGCCUUUGCCCCCGCUCGCCGGCGACGAGCCUCCGCCCCUGCUCGCUGGCCGCCGGCAACGUCUCUGUCCCCGCGACAUGGAUCCAGGCGUCCAGCGACCUCCCUGGAUGGCGUCUGGCGUCUCCAAAUAUGAGUAG